UUCAUUCAUGGUGCUUUUGAUUUACAGCUUGAAAAGUUGCUGGAUGAAGUAAGGAAGAUGACGAUUGAGAGACAGAAAGGAUUAGUCUUAUCUCAGUGUGCUUUGUUCGUGUGCAACAAAUGGGACCAAAUUCCGGGGAGAGAAGUAAAAGAGGUCCAGGAUCACUUGAUCAACAAGCUGAAGAUGUGUUGGCCUGGCAUUGAUCCUAAGUCACAGAUAACCUAUAUGUCAACAAAAAAAGCCAGUAUCGCUCAGAACUACGGAAUUAUCACCCAAGAAUUUUUCUCCUUGAUGAGUGGCAUCAGGUCGAUGGUUUUGAAAAGCAUCAAAGCCCGGCUGGAAAUGCACUGGAAAUGGCUGGAUUACUUGCUCUCACGGAUAAUUUAUCAAGCAAAAGCUUUUGUGAUGAACGCUUCCAGAGAUCACGGUGAGGUCGCUGAACGAAUGGAUUCGAUUAAGCGCCGUUUGGUCCAGAUUGAAGAAAGAGAAACUGAAAUGAUGGAAGAGCUUGGUAACCACUUGGAGGCUCGUGUCAAGAGCGCUGUUGAUGAGCUCUCCGAGUAUCUUAAGUCGGAUGAUGUCAAAGCUUGCUUCACUACCUGGAUCUUAGACGAAGUUCCAAAGGCAGAGGGCUCCUGGGAAGAAACUAACAGCAAAAUCACGAAAGCGUUAGAAAAUCGGCUGCGAGAAAUCAUCGAGCAUUGGGAAGAAGAUCACCAAGUAUUUUCAGAUGCUCGCAAGUCCGUUGUACAGCGCUCUAAGCAGCGGUACAAUAUUGUUGUAGGGCAACUGAGGAAUCUCCAGCGUGCUGUAACAAAUGAUGACCUCGAUGUUCCCGAAACUGUUCCUCCUAAACAAGGCUUAACUAUGGCGGAAAAGGUUGUCAUCGGCGUCACUAGUCCAAUAUGGGUUCCAGUUUCCCUAGUUACGCUGUUGAUUGGCGCCCCUGUGAUCGGCAUACUUGAGAUUAAAAACAAACUGGAAAAUAGAAGUAGGAUCAAGAAAUACGAAAGAGACAAAUGUGCUUUUAUGGCUGAAGCAUCCGCAGACUAUCUCGAUGGUGCAACAAACGAAAGCGUGCUCAAGGUGUUUGUGGAGAACCAAGUGAAUGAGGCUAAGCUGUGUCUGGAGCAAAUUAAAGGACGUAUUCCCGAGCUGAUCGAGGCUGACAAGAUGUUAUGUGAAGCACUCGGUGAUGUAAAGCUUUCACAGAGAGAGAUACAAGAAUUGUACCGACCAAUCGUGGAUGAAGCUUCUGAUAUCAGGGGACAUCUGGCGAUAUUUGCUUUACAUGGCAUCCGUGCCAUUGACAUCAGCAGCGAGGAGUUAGACUGGAAAGAAGAGAGUUCUUCACGUCUUGGAUGCGGUGUAUUUGCCACUGUGUACCAAGGGAAGAUGAGAAGGCGAGGAGAGGAGCAGACUGUAGCAUUAAAGGUUUGCAGGAACGAGCUUCACGCCCACAGCGCAAGCUUUAUAAUGGCAGAGGUAGAACUUUUGAGGUAAGAGAUUCUUAAGUUUACCGAACCUCGCCCUCCAUGCAAGUAAGAGCUAAUUGAACUAAGACUGGAGAGGGGUUUGU